GCUGUGAUUUGCGGGCACUGGUCACAUGGCCGGGGAGGACUUUUGUUGGCGGAAGUCGGGUGUUGGGUCAGUGACUCAGGAGGGUGACUGGGACAGGACAGCUCAUCUCAAAGAUGCAGUUCUUCGGUCGAAUUGUCAAUACCAUUAACAGUGUCACCAACUUGUUUUCAAACCCAUACCGGGUGAAGGAGGUGCCCUUGGCGGAGUUUGCAUCUCAUACACGCCUGAGGGAGGAGGGCAGGGUCACCCUGUACAAGAACAAUGCGGCUCGCUCCUGGGACUGCCUGCUGGUGAACCCCCAGAAUCAGCUGGUUGCCUUCCGGAUCUUCCAGCUGGACAACGAGGUGGAAGCUGCCAGGCACUUUGAGCAGUAUGCACGGCAGCUGCGCCCUUUCUAUGAGAGCUCCCAGCAGCCUCUGCAGCUGGAGGUCCUCCAGCAGCUGAGCGACUGUUUCCGCAACCACCCCAGCUGGUCCCUGGCCCAUGUGGCAGUGGAGGUGGGACUUCGGGAAAGCUUCCAACACAACCACAUCCAAAGCUGUUUGAACAGCACCCAGUGUGAGGAUGUCUGCACCCCGCUGCAUCUGGCCUGCCGGAAGGGAGAUAUUGAGUGCCUACGGGAGCUGAUGGACUGCCAUGCCCGGCUGGAUAUCACUGACAAAAAUGGGGAGACAGUCUUCCACUAUGCUGUCCGAGGGGGUAGCCCUGAGAUAAUAGAGCUCUUGGGCAAAACAUCAUCUGUUGCCUUGAACUACCUGAGCAACCAAGGGCAGUCCCCUCUGCACCUAGCCUGCCAGCUGGGCAAAGAGGAUGUGGCUGUGUCUCUGCUGAAAUGUCAAGCCAGCUGCAACAUCACUGGGGCUCUGGGCUUCCCUAUUUACACUGCUCUGAAGUACUCCCAGAAGGGUUGUGCACAAGCCAUCCUCAACACUGAUGUCAGUCAGGUGCAGUCCAGGGAUCCACGCUAUGGAGGAACUCCACUCCACUGGGCCAAAAAUGCUGAGAUGACCCGACUGCUGCUGAUGUGUGGCUGUGAAGUGAAUGCCGUCAGCAACACAGCUGACACAGCUUUGCACAUCAUGGUCAAACGGGGACGCUUUGACUGUGCCAUGGUGCUGGUGACACAUGGGGCCCUCACAAAUACCAAGGGGCAGGAUGGCAACACCCCACUGCACCUGGCCAUGAAGCAUGACCAGCUGGAUAUGAUCAAGGCCCUUAUUGUGUUCGGAGCAGAUGUGGACAUCCCCAAUGACUUUGGGGAGACACCAGGCCUAGUGGCAGCCAGGACCAGCAAAGGUACUAACCGGAAGGUGCUGUUAGACCUGCUACAAACUGUAGGGGCUGAACGCUGCCACCCACCCAAACCUGAAUCCCCCAGCUUGGUGUCCUCAGAGCUGCCAUCACCACCAUUCUCUUCCACCCCCCCGGCAAGACCACCCCCCCCACGGAACAAGAGCCGCGGCUUAGGGUUUGAAGAUGUUAUCCAUAUUUCCACGGCACUUGGCUACAUGCUGAAAACACCGGAUGUCGUGGACUCUGUCAGUGAUGGGAAGAGCAAUCUCGACCGCGUCCUGUGUCUGGAUGGAGGGGGCAUCCGGGGCCUGGUGCUUAUCCAGCUUCUCAUUGCUAUUGAGAAGGCUACAGGCCGUCCCAUCAGGGACCUCUUUGACUGGAUUGCAGGGACAAGCACGGGAGGGAUCCUUGCACUGGCUGUCGUACAUGGGAAGUCCAUGGAUUACCUGCGGUGCCUGUACUUCCGCAUGAAGGAUGAAGUGUUCCGAGGGUCACGGCCUUACGAGUCAGAGCCCCUGAAUGAGUUCCUGAAGAGGGAGUUUGGAGAGCACACCAAGAUGACAGAAGUCCAGAAACCCAAGGUCAUGGUAACGGGGACCCUAUGUGACCGGCAGCCAGCUGAGCUCCACCUCUUCCGGAACUACCAGGCCCCAGAGACUAGAACUGGGCCCAGUUACAAGACAACAGCUUCCUUCAAACCACUGACCAAGCCAGAAGACCAGCUGGUGUGGCGGGCUGCCCGCUGCAGUGGUGCUGCUCCAACAUACUUCCGACCCAUUGGGCGUUUUCUAGAUGGUGGCCUGCUAGCCAACAAUCCCACCCUGGAUGCCUUGACCGAGAUCCACGAGUACAAUAAGUCAUUAAUCCAAAAGGGGCAGAGCCAGAAGGUGAAGAAACUGGGAGUGGUUGUUUCUCUUGGGACGGGGAAGCCUCCACAGGUCCCAGUGAGCUCGGUAGAUGUCUUCCGCCCCUCCAACCCCUGGGAGCUAGCCAAGACUGUCUUUGGGGCCCGAGAGCUGGGCAAGAUGGUGGUGGACUGUUGUACUGACGCAGAUGGGCCGGCCGUGGAUCGGGCCAGGGCCUGGUGUGAGAUGACUGACGUCCAUUAUUUCCGGUUCAACCCGCAGCUGCAGUCAGAUGUGAUGCUGGAUGAGGUGAAUGAUGCCAUCCUAGUGAAUGCACUCUGGGACACCCAGCUGUACAUCUAUCAGCAGUGGGAGCAGUUCCAGCAGCUGAUCCAGCAUCUUCUCAGCCGAUGACUCUGGAGAGUGCCCAAUCCCAGCAACAGUGACCACAGAAGUGGCUAUGAAACAACCAACACUGUCAAAAGGGUGGAUUGGAGUUUGGCCUUGGCCCUCAGCCUGAGACAUCUCUGAGAAUUCAGGGAUCAGAAUGAUCCAUGCUAGGCACGGUUCCCUUCAGUUUCUGGUAUCUCGCCAGCAUCUUCCUGGUUCGAGAAUUCCCUGGAUCCUCUGACCCUGAUGUCUCAGAGAGCAAGGACAGACCUUGCUGUCCUUGCUCUGCUUCCUAUCUCCCCCAAGCCUGAGCAGACUUAUACUGUAGCACUGAGAACUCCCUUACCUGCAGUGCCUCAAAACACCCUUACUUGGGCACCUUCUAGAUAAUAUGUGAUGACCAGGGCAAAGACAGACCUGCAAGGAUUCCACUCUAGUCUGUGUGCGCCUGAGUGUGUCUUGUUGAGGGAAGAAGAGUUGCUAUCCCCAUGGUCCACAUGAAGGAGGGGGCAAAGACGUUGCAAUAGACUUGGACUCAGAGUAUUGUGACUCUUCUCUUCUUUUCUAAUUGGUCAUCAGCUUUCAGGAAGGGGGCAUCGCUUGAUGUGGUGUAGCUGGUUUGCCUUGCCCUGUCUGAGUAGGGCAGGGAAGAUUAGCUUUUUGCUGCUCAGGUGGUGUGAAUCACCCUGGGAGGCAGGAAGGGGUGAGACUUCGGGGCUUUCCAAAUUUGUGUUUUCCUGCCAAUGGGCUAGCCAUGGUGGUCUUUGCUUUCAGGCCGAGAUAUGGAAAGUCCCUUUCCUUCUUCCAGGGUUACUUGAAAAGAAACAAGACAUUUGUUUCAGCUAUGGAACAAAGGUUGAAUAAGGGGACCAUUUACUGGCUAAUUACUUUGACUUACUGAUUUAAAAUGCCCUUGUUCCCAGUGAUCAUUUCAUACUGAGGAGUCCAGUCCCUGGGAAAAGAUGGCUCCUCCUCCAUUCCAGUGCUGCUGCUGCUUUUCCGUGUUGGAAAAUUCAAGGCUGCUUUUAAAGGGCAAUGACUGUAUCUGCCUGUAUUUUAGCUUGUGCUAGCACUUAAUUUAUUCACGUGUAAGAACAGGUAGGAGAUGACCUGAUAAACUGUGAGCUGUGACUUUUUUUCUUUCUGGAAUGCAAGUGUCUCACACUUAUUGCCUUGUACAACUAACCAGCAGGUUAUAAUGUUGGUGCAAGCACAGGCAUCUAUGUAAAACUGACACAUUGUGAAAUAAAGGGAGGUGUGAUCCUCAUA